UACCUCAUGAUUGCUUGUAAGGAGCGUUUGUUUGUGAAGGCCAAACAAACGAUCGAAAAUACUCUGAAAGUAGAUACUAUCAUCAAGAAAUAUCUCAAGCCUUCCCGUCCGCCAUGGGUCGAUUGAAACAAAAAGGAAAGGCUGGUGCAGCAAAGGCCUAUGUUACACGGUCGUCUGCCGUGAAAAAACUUCAGUGCUCUCUGGCUGACUUCCGUCGGCUAUGUAUCCUGAAAGGAAUCUUCCCUCGUGAGCCCAGACAUAAGAAACGAGCCAACAAGGGAUCAACAGCACCAACGUCGUUCUACUAUGCGAAAGAUAUCGCUUACCUUGCCCAUGAGCCAGUCCUCAAUAAACUAAGGGAGCACAAAGCCUUCGCGAAAAAAAUAUCUCGAGCACUUGGACGGGGAGAGUGGUCAACUGCGAAGAAUUUGGAGGAGAAUAAGCCUAUAUACCGAUUGGAUCAUAUUAUCAAAGAGAGGUACCCAUCAUUUAUCGACGCAGUACGAGACGUCGAUGAUGCACUUUGCAUGAUCUUCCUCUUCGCAUCUCUCCCUUCAAAUUCUCGGGUUUCGCCUGCUCUUAUCGAAAACUGUGCCCGUUUGACCGCAGAGUGGCAACUAUAUGUCAUGCACACACGGUCACUGCGAAAUGUUUUCUUGUCUAUCAAGGGUGUAUACUACCAAGCAGAAGUGAUGGAUCAAAAUGUAACCUGGCUCGUGCCGUAUCAGUUCCCUCAGAAUAUACCAUCUGAUGUGGAUGUCCGUGUUAUGCUGACCUUCCUCGAACUGUACCAGACGUUACUUGGGUUUGUGUUUUUCAAGUUAUAUACAGACGCUGGACUCGUAUAUCCGCCACCCUUGGACUCUAGCAAAGACGAAUCUGGAGCUGGUGUCGGAGCGUUCAAUCUCAGAUCAGCGAACAAUCCAGCUACUGCAGCACCGAAAAGUGAUGGUCCCAAAGUAUCCAGUAAGGAUGUCCGGCAGACAAUCAAGAACAUUACUGCAGAAUUAUCAUCGGUGCCUCCUGUUGAUAUAAAUAUUUCUCGCACCGAUUCCUUCCCCGAUGCCCCUGAGGAGGAAUUUAUACCACAAACUUCAAAGUCUGAUCUUGAUGCACCGUCGUCGCUCCCUACACUUCUCUCGCUCUCAUCCUUACCAAAACCAUCAUCGACAAACAUAUUUGCCCCAUAUACCUUUUGGCUAUCACGCGAAUCAUCACGAUCAAUAUUCGAGUUCCUUAUCCGGUCUUUUGGCGGUCGUAUAGGUUGGCCAGUCUCAUCAGGAGGUGGCUCACCAUUUACAGAAGAUGACGAGGCAAUCACCCACGUCAUUAUUGACAGGCCCGUUGUCAACGGUGAUACAGCCCAGGAACGAGAACGUCGAAGACGAAGGAAGUAUGUACAGCCUCAGUGGGUGGUCGAUUGUAUCAAUGCCGGAAAAAUUCUGCUCGAGGAUCCGUAUGCCCAAGGAAAGACACUUCCACCCCACUUGUCGCCAUUUGGCGAGCGAGAUGGAGCAUAUGAUCCAACCAUUGGUCUGGCUAAUGUCGAAAACUUAUUGGUUGACGACGCUGAACUCAGCGAGGACAGUCAGGAGGUAGAAGAUGUGGAGAUGGGAUCGGGAUUAGAGGAAGGUGUAACUUCAAUGGCUGCCUUAGCGGUGGCUGCUGCAGAUGACCCAGAGGCCUUGCGGGCGGCGGAGCUUGCGGCAGAAGCAGCAGGCGUCGACUAUGGCGCAUUUGAGAAGGAGGUACAAAAGAAACAGAAACAACAGAAGCAGAAGGAAGACGCUGUUGUUCUUGGCGGUGGUGAGGAAGACAUGAACAAGAUACUGAUGAGCAAACGCAAGCGCCAGUUGUACGAAAGAAUGAAAUACGGGGAGAAAAAACGAGCUACUGAGCACGCCAAACUCGAAGAAAAGAGGACGAAGAUUGAGAAGGACAGACGACGGAAGGCCAGGGCAUGAUGAGAUAUAUUGGAGUCCCCAUCGCACGGUGUUCGGAUUACAGGUAUUGCGAUGCGAAUAUAUACCGAAUCCCACGAAAAGUAAUGGUAUUAGCUCAUGUCGAAUACAAACGACUGCAAUUGUGAAAGUUCGUUGGUGUGAGCUGAUUAGCUCUUA